UGAUUUUGCAUUUGCGGGGGGGGAGAACUUUUUGUAAAUAAAAUAGUUCUCUACCCUGUCAGCUCCUGCACACUGCUUUCCAUUGCACAGCCACGCAAAGCAGUGUGCUUACAGUGACACAGCCCCUAGUAAAACAGCACACUGUAAACCCUUUGAUCACCCCACAUGUUAACCCCUUCCUGUCCCGUGCCAUUAAUACAGUGUCAGUGCUUUUUAUUAGCACUGAUCACUGUAUUGGUGUCACUGGGGACGUCAGUGACACCAAGUCAGUUCCCCCCAGUGUCAGUCCCGCAGUCCCGUUAU